AUGAACUAAUCUUAACGUUAAAAUUUUAAAUUAAGAAUCAAAAAAAUCAAGCCAAAACUCCAAGACGUUAUAAAUUAUUUAAAAGAACACCCACAUUUAUUACGUUAUGAAAAAAAUCCAUACACAGCCGAAAGACUUAUGAUGCUUUUAGAUAAUGAAAAAUUAGCCGCAUUGGAAGAUGAAUUUAACGAACAUCCAGACGGAAUAGAAUUAGCGAAUUUUAUAUGGUUAAUGAAAUGUGCAAUUAUACACCCUGUAGAUGAAAAGUAUGAAUUAGUAUGUGGUUUAAUAAAACUAUUUUAAGAUAUAGAUAUAAAUGGUGAUAAACAUAUGGAAUGGAGUGAAUUUACUUAAUAUAUAAUAGAUGCUGUAAUAGGGGAAAAUGAUAUGAAGUUUUUCGAUUAAUAAAAACCGGAAAAUAAAGAAGUUACAGAGACAGAAAUAAUUGAUAAGGCAUAUUAAAGAUCAACUAAAAAAUAUAUAUUGAAUAAAUUUUUUGAUAAUUCUAAUCAUUAAAAUUUAAUAAAAAAAAUUGUUUAUAUGAGUUCUAUUGAUAGUUUAUUGUGUUUAGAAUAAAGUGCAGAUUUUAUUUAAUUGUAUGAUAGUUUUUGUAGAGUAAAAAUUUCAAAUUAAAAUAAAGUUUAAUUAAAUAUACCAGAAAAAAUUAAAAGAGCUUCAUUUAUAAUAGAUUUUACUAUUGCAGAAGAUAUUAAUACUAUAGCUGCUAUUACUAAUAAAAAAUAGAUUAUAUUUUGGGAUAGUAAUGUAAAUUAAAAGUUUGUAAAAACUUUCAAACUAACCGAUUUAUAAACAGGAAUCUGGUACUUACCUUUACAUAAAUUAUGGAUAACUGCUGAUGAAGAAAAUAAUUUAAAAACCUGGUAUUUUAUUCCUUCUUAUUUAUAUAUAGAUUCGAAGCAUAAUAAACUUAAAUUUGAUAAAAUACUUAAAUUUCAUUCAAAAAAAAUUACAGAUGUUUGCGAGUUAAACUAACCUAAAAUUAUUGUUUCUUCCAGUUUAGACGGUUUUAUUUGUUUAUGGGAUAUUUAAGAUUAAGAACCUAGGCUUUUGGCUGACUUGAGAGAUCCUAUAAGUAAUUCUAGAGGUAUUAGAUAAUUGGCUUAUUAGCAUUCAUAUGGUUCAAUUUUAAUAUCUGUAGGAUUCGAGUAGUAUAUAAAUCUAUGGUGUCCUAAAAUGUCUAUAACUAGAGCGUAUAUAGGAAAGUUAGAAGGCCAUUCUAGUUUAGUUAUAUUGUGUAAAUUUAUAACCAAUAGUCCUAAUAUAGUAUCUAUAGAUGAUAAAUGUAAUAUUAGAAUAUGGGAUAUUAGAACUCUGUAGACUAUAUAAGUAAUUUCUGCUGAUGGUUCAUAUAUUUUAAUUACUGAUAUAUCAUUUGUAUCCCAUAAAUAAAAUGAUAGGAUAAUUUUGGGGGGUAAAAGAUUAACUUAUUUAGAGAAUUAAGAAAAGAAAAAAACUUUAAACAUAAUAAUGAUGACCUUUUUGCUUUAAAUGCUGAUUUUAAUACUUAUUUUAACGAAAUAGUUAUAUUAACAAAAUUAGAUAUUAGACUAUAUGAUGCAAUAACGGGUAAAUUGA